CGUUAACGCCACGUCAUCGGCGUCACACUACAUAUCCCGCCACGUCACGGAACCUCCGGCGAUUGAACCGGGAACAGCAGGGGUGGAAUGGUAAAUCAACCAGAGAAAAAAAGUAACAAAUUUCUUCCGCGAGUAGAAAAAGGCCAGAGUGAGAAAAGAAAAAGGAAAAGGAAGACGCAGAAGAGGGAGGGAGAGAGAGAGAGAGGAACGUUGGCUUGUGGGAAAUUAAUAGAGGGGGAAGGGAAUCCUCGGAACAGAAAAUCCUGUAAGUGGGUUCUCUCUCUGUCUCUCUUCUCUGCGCCUUCUCCUUCUGCUGCUCCUCCAUCGCCAUCUCUCUCUCCUUCUUCGUGUCUCUCUCAUCCUCAUUCCGUCUGCUCCUUCUGUCACGAUCGGGUGCUGAAUGAUCCAAGGGGAAGAAGUCGGAAGGGAAGGGGAAUUCACGCACUGAGAGAUUCUCCUUCUCAGUUUUCUCGGUUGCCAAACGGGAAAUUGCCGACCUUUUUCCUUUUUUAGGGUUCUGGAAUAAAAAAAAUUUGGGGAAUUUUUUGUUUCCUCCAAUGACUUAUAGAAGUGAUGAUGACAAUUUGGUUCCGGAGCUGAGGAUGCGAGUGGAUGACGACGAUGGCAAUGGAGGAGACAGCGGGGGUGUUAAUAAUAAGAUUGGGUAUAUGAGAUUGAGAGGCGAGGAUGGAGUGGAGGAAGAUGAAGAUGAAGAUGAAGAAGAAGGGCUUGAUGAUGAUGGUGGAGUGGGGAAACCAGGGUCUGGUUUCUUCUGUUGGAGGUGGAGAUGGUGUGUCGUCUGGUAUUGGGUCAAGCUCGCUGCUCUGUUUGCUUGUUUAGGUGGCUUGGGUUUCGUUGUGCUCAAAUGGGUUGGACCCUACUUCAUGGACAAGCAAAUCAUUCCCAUCAUCAACUGGGAGACGACAACGUUUAGCACUCCAGUGCUGGCACUUCUUGUCUUCUUUUCAGUGGCAUUCUUCCCAACCCUACUCUUGCCGUCUUCACCUUCUAUGUGGGUGGCUGGAAUGACUUUUGGUUAUGGCUAUGGAUUCUUAUUGAUCAUAGUUUCAAUCACUGCUGGAAUUUCACUUCCAUUUUGCAUUGGUUCUCUGUUCCUUCAUAGAAUUCAGGGAUGGUUUGACAAGUAUCCGAAGCAGGCUUCCAUACUGAGAGCAGCUGGUGAAGGGAAUUGGUUCCACCAGUUUCGUUCAGUGGCUUUAAUACGAAUUUCGCCGUUCCCUUAUAUUCUAUAUAAUUAUUGUGCUGUUGCAACGCAUGUCAAGUAUGGUCCUUACCUGAUGGGGUCAUUGGUGGGCAUGUUGCCAGAGAUAUUUGUUACACUCUACACGACAGUUAGAGAAAGCUCUGGAAAGGGUAGCUACUAGCUAAGUUAGAAGAUUUGGAAUAUUCCAAAAAAUGUGAACCAUAUUAGCGGAGCCCUUAUACAGACACUGGCAGAUGCUUCACAGGAAGAGCACCAUUUGUCAGCAUCGCAGAUUGCCUUCAAUGUCCUUGGUUUCUGUUUCACUGCAGCCACCACGGUUUUCUUCACGCUCUACGCUAAAAGGCGACUCAAGGCACUGCAAGAUGAACCUCUUUUGGCAUAGCUUCUUCCAGUUCUUGUUGCCCAGUCCAGUAAAGGAGAGAGAGAUGUUGCAGCAGCUCCACAAAACAAUCACAGCAGUUUGCAUAUAUAUUUUUGAGAUGAUUGAAGCAGCAGCAGGAUGAUGAAAGUUAGCAUCUUGUUGAAAUAACUUCAUCUGUCCACAAAGGUGCACAGUGCGAAGUCGUGAUCAUCAAUGGUGGUGUGUAUAGCAGCAUGGGAAAGGAAAUAUAAAGGACAUGCAUAUCUAACCUAGUAUAGAAACCAGCUUCAUUUGCUUGUUUUGCAUUUGCUUCCAAUCUGAGUGUAGUCUCUUCCAAAUUCUUUAUUCCCUCUCACCCCCAAUUGGUCCUUGUAUAUGAUUGAGAUGUAAUAAGGGCUGAACCUGGAACUUAUGCAGAACUCUGCUGGAUUUGUGUACCAAGUUCUAUGUGUGCAAAUUAUGCAGACGGCAAUGGUUCAGCUAUCUGUUUAAGUGGAUAUAGCUUAACUCAAUCCAACAACUGACCAACUGAGCCCCUAUGUUUGUCCCUUGUAAACCUUUCUGGGAUCCAAAGACAUUUACUUCUCAUCCCUCACGAUAACUGUAGUCCCUUCAUAAUCCCCGACAGUAAAAGGUUGAAAUAGCGACUCGAGUAGUUGGGAUGAAUUAUUUGUUAAUGUUUCAUUUUGCAAUAACUAUACGAAUCAUUG